AGCCAACACCGUGUAUAUAAAGUUGCAGCGAUCGAUCACACAUUCACACGCACGCUUUAACAAUGGAUCAAUCCUCGAACCAGGCAGACAAUGGAGCCAAUUCAAGAGGAGACUCGGGAAGAGGCUUGCCUCCAUCGGAUCAGAAGGCGAAAACCAGUGACAUUAAUUCAGGAGGAGACUCCAGCCAGGUGCGGGAUGAAAGAGCAAAAACCAGUGCCAAUUCAGGAGGAGACUCCAAAAAAGGCUCGCCUCCGUCAGUGGUAUCAGAGACUCCAUCGGAUCAGAAGGCAAAAACCAGUGACAACCCAGGAGGAGACUCCAGCAAGGCGCCGGUUGAAAGAGCGAAAACCAUGAAAAGGAAUGGGGACAAGACAAAUGAUGAACUGAUGAAGGAGAUAGAGAAUAUGGUGCUGUUCAAGGAACUGAUCUCAAAACCCGUCGACUUUGUUGAUUUCUACGAUGGCCUCUCCCGCAUCUUCGAAAAACUGAGUGUCAAAAGAGGUGGCUCACACAUCAGUUUGCCGGAGAAGGAAUGGAUCAAGAAAAAGUUUGAGGACUGUGCAGGGGACAGGCACUACCUGAGCAAAGAAGAGUUUAGGAAAUUCCUCGAGGAGAUAUUGAAAAGCGGCGUAGGAUUAAGGAAUUACGAGAUGGCCAUGUAUCUAGCAGCAGUUCCCGUUCUUUCUGUCAUCAUCAAGCCCUUCAUUCCCGGCACCAUCUCUGAGAUCCCUAAUAGUUUCUUCAUUCCUGUGGUAACUUCAGCUACUGCAUUCAUUUUAGCGCACAUGAGGAAAAUAUAGCGCAGUUCCACAAGGACCACAACUAUCCGUGUUUCCCAGGAAAUUUAUGACAUCCUCAUUGCUGGGAUCAUCUCUAUCGCUAAUAUGAUUUAUAUUCUUAGCGGAUUAUUUGGGAUAGAGUGCUUAUGUGUAUGACUAUAUGAGGACAUUCAAAUCCAACAAAAUGAAUAAACAUAUUUCGGCAAGAGA